AUGUGCUAUAUUAAUGAAUGGCCAAAAAGGUUUCUGAAAACAUUUAUUCAACAGUACAGUGAUUAUCAGGUUAACCUACUAAUUGACAAUGAAGCAGAGAAGGAUUACCUUUACGAUGUGCUGCGGAUGUACCACCAAUCUAUGAAUCUCCCAGUGCUUGUGGGAGACCUAAAACUCGUGAUUAAUGAACCAAGCAGAUUGCCUCUAUUUGAUGCUAUCCGCCCACUUAUCCCGUUAAAACACCAGGUGGAAUAUGAUCAGCUUACACCCAAAAGAUCACGAAAGCUGAAAGAGGUGAGAUUGGAUCGUUUGCAGCCUGAAGGACUUGGAAUAAGUGUGAGAGGUGGAGUGGAAUUUAGCUGUGGCCUCUUCAUCUCCCAGUUAGUUAAAGGAGGACAGGCAGACAAUGUCGGACUUCAGGUUGGAGAUGAGAUAGUUCGUAUAAAUGGAUAUUCCAUUUCGUCGUGCACACAUGAGGAAGUCAUAAACCUCAUUCGUACAAAGAAAAUAGUGUCCAUAAAAGUAAGACAUAUUGGCAUGAUACCCGUCAAAAGUUCAGCAGAUGAACCCCUUAAAUGGCAAUAUGUGGACCAGUUUGUGUCAGACUCUGGGGAAGGAAAGGGCAGUGUUGCUGGUCUUGCUUCUUCUGGAGGGAGAGACAAUAAAGAGAAGAAAGUCUUCAUUAGCUUGAUUGGUACAAAAGGCAUAGGAUGCAGUAUUUCCAGUGGUCCAACACAAAAACCAGGCAUUUUUAUCAGCAAUGUUAAGCCGAGUUCUCUUUCAGCAGAGGUGGGCUUAGAGGUCGGUGAUCAGAUUGUUGAGGUAAACGGAGUGGACUUUUCUAAUGUGGAUCAUAAAGAGGCUGUCAGAGUGCUCAAAAGUAGUCGUACUUUGACUAUCUCUGUGGUAGCAGGCGCUGGAAAGGAGCUGUUCAUGACUGAGGAAGAAAGGCAGAGAGAAGCACGUCUCCGUGAGCAAGAACGCCAGGAGUUAAUGCAUCAGAAGCGACUUGCGCUGGAGACUAACAAAAUCAUCAAAGAGCAGCAAAAGAAAGAGAGAUUAAGAAAACUGGAGAUUUCCCAGAAGACUGCAGAGGAAGAAGAGAGAUAUCGCAGAGAAAUAGAGCAGAUAACAGCAGAGGAAGAGAAAUUUAAAAAGGAGUGGGAAGAAGACUGGGGUCCUAAAGAACCUCCCAAAUCGCUAAAAACUGUAACUGCAGAAGUGCACUCUGCCCCUUGUUCCAAACACAAAAUAGAUUUAAAGGGAGUUGCACAUGACCAACUUGAAACAGAUGACAUGGAUGAAGUGAUCAUGAAGCAGGACAAACAGGGCUUCCAGAAAUAUUUGGAAGAUUUUGAUCCAUAUUCAAUGUUUACCCCAGAGCAGAUUAUGGGAAAAGAUGUACGGCUAUUACGAAUUAAAAAGGAAGGCUCAUUAGACCUUGCAGUCGAGGGAGGAAUUGAUUCUCCAAUUGGAAAGAUAGUCGUGUCUGCCAUCUAUGAGGGUGGUGCUGCAGACAAACAUGGAGGCAUAGUGAAAGGGGAUGAAAUACUAGCUGUAAAUGGCAAGAUAUUAAUUGACAGCAGGCUGGCAGAAGCACAGGCAACUCUAGCAAAAGCUUGGAACAUGGGUGGGGAUUGGAUUGACUUAGUCAUUGCGGCAUCACCUCCAAAGGAAUACAAUGAUGAAAUGACAUUUUUUUAAAGAAGGCUACACUGGAGAAAUGAAGUCUUUCCCCUGCAGAAACCUGCUGCUCUGUAAAUUAGUAGGAAAUCAAUAACCACAUGAAAUGCAUCUUUAUUUGAAAGAAAUGUGAGCAGACCUGUAAAUUGAACUAGAGACUUAAGAUUCUUCAGGUAAUUUGAGUAAUUUCAAAUCAUUCUAUAGACAUACAGCAAGAAAUUUUUUGGAAGAUCAUUGAGAAGGACUGCCAGUGAGCAUAGUUCAGUCUGUGAGAACUCAAUCUAUUUUUUGCUAUUUUGGGGGGGCCAAAUUUUGAAAAUUAUCUUCCCAUUUUCCUGGAAAUAGACACCAAAAUGACAAACUAAGAUAGAACACAGAUGUCUGUUCCCACAUGCAACGCUUGUGAUUACACGUUCACAGGCCAGUUUGGGUGCGAAAAGGAUUAUAUUUUUACUCUGUACGUAGUGAUUUUCCCUGGGUAAAUGGGAAUGUAUGUAGGUAACUUCUGUUCUCACUCGUAUUCUUGUAGCUCUCUUAAUGUCCAUUUCUGUUGCUCAGUUGUGAGUUGUUUUGAGUAUAAAAACCUUGCUGGUUGAAGAAUCAGUAAUACCAGGAAUGCUAGCAUUAUAAGGAAUAAUUUUGGUGAUGCUUAUACAGUAUAAAGAAUCUUCUCUACCAGCAAAGUAAAUAGCUAGCAAGUAGUCCAGAUAAAAUCAUUAUGUGUAGUCACAGUUAUACUACUAAGUAUUUGUACUGGUGACAAAAAUUACUCCCUCAUAUAGUCAUGGGUGGAAAAUUUGGGUGUGAUUCACAGUCUGCAGUUAUGUACUUUGUUCUCAGUGAGGCUAUAUACAUGACUAAACUGUAGAAAGUCACUAAAGUGUAACAUUUCACUCUUGGUGACUGUAUGUCUUCUGUUUGACUAAAUUCCUCAAGACCAUACAAUCUAUACUAACCCAGCUUUAAAUAAGUAUUAUUACAGUUAUAGACUUAGUAAUUUCUUUAUAUUAUCAAGAUACGUCCUUAGAAAUGUCAUUGUCUUCCUUCCUUCCUUGUAUCUGCCAGUUUGUAUUCUGGUUUUCAUAUUGUGUUUAGAUUUUUCUUACCUGGACUAAUGAGAGCUAGUUUAUAGUUCUUUGGCAUAUCAAAUUCCCACUGAAGUCUUGCCUUUUCAAGGUUUGGAAACCCUCCUUUCUGUAACACAGAAAAAUAAGAAUUACGUUUGUGAGACCUCUGUACUUAUACGGAGAUGAUUAAUUAUGUUGACUUUCUUCAUUUGCAGUAUUGUUCCAGUAUGCCAAUUAAUGUGUCUGACAGGGUACACAUGUUAGAAUGUUUAAAAUUUUAACUCUUACAACUAAUCCAG